CGUUUGUAUAGUUCCCGGUCAACAUAGAAAUGUGGAGUAUCUUGGCUGAAUCCUCAUGCAGACAAGGUCGUUAUGGUCCUCGUUGAAAAAAUGGCACAUUAGUUGAAGGAAACAAAGGGGAAUGCCCAGAAGAAAAAGAAAAUAUUGUUAUUUAGAUUGAUCUACAUGACUGGCCUGUUUGCUGUGAAAGAAGAGUCAGCCAAAGGGAGUGAUUUAAAAUCCACUGCAGGUGAAUGACCAGUACUGCUUCUGUAACAAAAGCCUGGACUCACCACAUCUUGAGAAGAGAAUGGCCACUACCUGGGGGGCAGCCUUUUUGAUGCUGGUGGCAUCCUGUGUUUGCAGCACUGUCUUCCACAGAGACCAGCAGACUUGGUUUGAGGGUGUCUUCCUGUCUUCCAUGUGCCCCAUCAAUGUCAGUGCCAGCACAUUGUAUGGAAUUAUGUUUGAUGCAGGGAGCACUGGAACACGAAUUCAUGUUUACACCUUUGUGCAGAAAAUACCAGGACAGCUUCCAAUUCUGGAAGGGGAAAUCUUUGAAUCUGUGAAGCCAGGACUUUCUGCUUUUGUAGAUCAACCAAAGCAGGGUGCUGAGACUGUUCAAGGACUCCUAGAGGUGGCGAAAGACUCAAUCCCCCGAAGUCACUGGAAAAGAACCCCAGUGGUCCUGAAGGCAACAGCGGGACUGCGCUUACUGCCUGAACAGAAAGCCCAGGCUCUGCUUUUUGAGGUAAGAGAAAUCUUCAAGAAGUCACCUUUCCUGGUACCAGAUGACAGUGUUAGCAUCAUGGAUGGAUCUUAUGAAGGCAUCUUAGCUUGGGUUACUGUGAAUUUUCUGACAGGUCAGCUGCAUGGCCACAGCCGGGAGACUGUGGGGACCCUGGACCUGGGGGGGGCCUCCACCCAAAUUACGUUCCUACCCCAGUUUGAGAAAACCCUGGAACAAACCCCUAGCGGCUACCUCACUUCAUUUGAAAUGUUUAACAGCACUUAUAAGCUCUAUACACACAGUUACUUGGGAUUUGGAUUGAAAGCUGCAAGACUCGCAACCCUGGGAGCCCUGGAAACAGAAGGGAUUGAUGGACACACUUUCCGAAGUGCCUGUCUACCAAGAUGGCUGGAAGCAGAGUGGAUCUUUGGGGGUGUGAAAUACCAGUAUGGUGGCAACAAAGAAGGGGAGAUGGGCUUCGAGCCCUGCUAUGCUGAAGUGCUGAGGGUGGUCCAAGGAAAACUUCACCAGCCAGACGAGGUCCGGAAGAGCUCCUUUUAUGCUUUCUCUUACUAUUACGAUCGUGCUGUGGACACAGACAUGAUUGAUUAUGAAACGGGGGGUGUUUUAAAAGUUGAAGAUUUUGAAAGAAAAGCAAGGGAAGUGUGUGAUAACUUGGAAAACUUCACCUCGGGCAGUCCGUUCCUGUGCAUGGAUCUCAGUUACAUCACAGCCCUGUUGAAGGACGGCUUUGGCUUUGUAGACAGCACCGUCUUACAGCUCUCAAAGAAAGUGAACAACAUAGAGACAGGCUGGGCCUUGGGGGCCACCUUCCACCUGCUGCAGUCCCUGGGCAUCUCCCACUGAGGCCAAGCCCUUCUUCUGAGGACUGCAUUCUCCAACAGCCUUUCUAAAAGUAGGAGAAAGGACUCAGUCGUGUUCUGAGCCAGUCUGAGGAUCACCUGGCCUGAAGCCCCGAAGCUGGAUUCAUCAGGUAGAAGGGGCUUUUGGACGCAAGUCUUGCCCUUGAGUCUAGAGAUUUGGGACUCAUUAAUUUUAUACAUUUAAGGUGAACUGUUGACCUAACCACUCUGCUUGCACAGCUGGCACCAGAAUCUAAAGCUUUGAGAUUCUUCGUGUGUCACAAAGCCAAAAGGAAGCGCUUUGGAACUUAACCUUGGAGAGCCUAGGGACAGGUCCUUGGGAACCAAAGAAAAAUCUCAUUUCAGCCCUU